AUGUUCAAGGCCCUGAUGGGCGGGGGCCGCUCGUCGUCUUCAUCCGACGUUCGUAGCUCCAAAAGCAGCCGGCGCAAGUCUGAAAAGCUCGACAAAUCUGACACUAGAUCGAUCUCAAGUCGCAAGUCUUCACGGGGUGACGACCGUGACCGCGGCCUGGGUGACUUGUCGUCUUAUUCGCCAUCGGCUUCGCGCAGUAAGCGUGGCCCACCUAGCAUUGCCGGCGACUCUAUCGCAUCAACCUAUGUGACCGCUGAGCCAGAACCCAUUGAUGAAUCCGAUCGCUACUACAUUGAGCGCACACCAAAACGCAGGGACAGUGAACGGGAAAGCAAGAGUUAUCGUCGGCGCGACCAGGACCGAUCCGAGAGCCCAGAGCGCGAGCAGAGGAGCCGCCGAGGAACAAAAGAUAAUCUGGACGAUGACUUGGAUUGGGAGCGGGACCGUAGCGAGCGUCCCCGCACCCAGCCAGGGGCUCCUUAUGUGCCACCGAUCUCUACAAACAUGCCGUCUAGCGCCCCCGGCGCGCAGUUCGCCGCCGAGAUUGGCGCCCCGGGAUUCUCGCAAUUCCCCAUGCAAUACAACACUGGAAUACCGCCCGCGGGUCAUUCGCCAGCGCAUGAAGUUUCAUAUGACCCGCACGUGCAGCACCAAUUUCCCGGCCAGUUCCCAGAGCAAAGUGCUGCACCUUAUCCGCCGCCUAACCCCGCCGGCGCUGCGGCGGACUACUAUGGUGACCAAGGCCAGUCUGUCGAGCACCAGCCCGGUAUUAGACCCGCUCCCCCGAGCGUGCUGCCUAAUACCCAAGCACACUUGAUGGCCGCAUCGCCAUCGGCUAACCCACCCCCAGAGCCCAGUAGCCUGGGCGAGACUGGUGCGGCGGCGGCCUAUUUUGACGAUAAUUUUCAUGCUCCGGCAAUUUCUUCAUCUAAACCCCCGAAACCCUCUAAGCCUUCGAGCCCCCCAAAGCCUUCUUCCUCGGGCAUUCUUCCUGCUGCCGCUGUUGGAGCUGCCACCUAUGGCAUUGGUGGUAUGAUGUCUCAUUCCGAGUCUCAUUCUUCUGCCCAGCACGCUACUUCUUAUACCCACCAGGGUCAGCCAAUGACACACGGCCAGUCAAUGGGAUAUGAUCAACCGAUGGCAAGCAGCGGCUACCAACCCCCUUCCAAGCCGUCCCACUCUCAUAGCUUCAGUGAAGGUGUUGGUAUUGCUGCUGCGGGUGCUGCGACAGGGUAUAUGAUGGGUCAUCACCAUCACUCAUCUAGCCCUGAGCACGCACCACAAUACGCUUUCCAGCACCACGGGCAACCUUCUCAGGCUGGUGGUAUGAUACCUUAUGGCCCUGGUCACAAUCACACUUUGUAUGCUGCAGGUCCAGGAGGGUACGCGUCCCAACCUGCCUACAACCCGGGUUUCUAUCCUCAUGGUCCAAGUGCGCUAGCUUUCCAAGAGCGUCAGCGUGGCGCCAUGGGAAGAUUCGUUGAUUUCUGGCGUGAUCCCGAAGCGGUUGGUAGAUUUGAGGACUACACAGAAACCAUCGGUGUGUGCAAAUACUGCUUCCAACCUGGCACGACCUCCGCCGAUGCCCCUCGCAAGCACCAUUAUCAUAGCCGCCGCCAACAUUCCGACGAUCGGCGAAGCAGUGGUAGCUCUAGAGUCAGCAAAACCAGCCGAUACAACACCUCAGAAGAUGAGGGUCGCCGAAGGUCAAAGUCCAAGAAAUCUUCCUCGUGGCUGCCUGGCAUGCUAGCCGGUUAUGCGACUAAGUCGCUGUUCUCAAACAAGGAGUUUGACGAUUCUUACAGCCUCCGCUCUGGCCGGGUAAACUCCUCCCAUGGGGAAGAAGAUGACCGAAGGAGCUACACCUCUCGUGGUGUGAUCCGUCGUUCUGGCCGUAGUCCUCACAGAGACCAUUACGUAGACACCAAGCGUGCGUCUCAUUCUGGACAUUCCGGACAUUCUCGGCACACACGCUCCCGAUCGCGGUCUUCCUCUAGAUCUGGCCGGCAUUCGUACCUGAAGGAAGCUGCACUCGGUGCCGCAGUGGGUGGGGCCGCGCUGGCCGUUGCAAAGUCGCGCAACCGCUCCCGCAGUCGUUCUCCUGGAAGACGGCAACACCGAAAGGACUCUUCCUCGUCAUCAUCCUUUGUCAAUCUUCCCAGGCCCGGCAGGAAGUCUAUCGCUGGUGGUAUCGGGUCUUUCUUCACUGCUUCGUCCGAGAACAGGAAGAAACGUCAUACCAAGAAACGGAGCGGUUUCUUUUCUUUCAAGAGUGGCUCUUCAUCCUCUUCAUUGGACAAUGAUCUCGCAUUCGGGGAUGGGUUCUCAAGGAAGCCCUCCAAACUCAAGAAGAAGGGGAAGAAGGCUAAAGAUGUUGAUACCGCUUUGCAAGAACUCAGCGACACUGCAAACCGGUUGGCUGGCUCCUCGCCACACGGUGUCGGCCGCAGUGCCGGCCAGAUGUACACAGCUCGAUCUCGACACGCCAACCACACCUAUUCUACCACACAGGACGAAGAAUGGGUCGAUGCCGACUCGGAGGACCAGUCUUCUACCAGUAUUAGCUCUGCUCUGGCGUUCGGAGGAAGCAGCGCCGAGUCUUCCUCUGACUCCGCUAGUAGUAAAUGGGGCUGGAGAUGGGGAAGCAAGAAGGACAAGAAGAAGAAGGACAAACGGUCGAGUGCUACAAAUGCCGCUCUGGUAGUUGGCGCCGGUGCUAUUGGAGCCGCUGCAAUUUCUUCUGCUCGUCACCGUGAUAGCGAACCCCCAAGUAGAUCUGGGAGCUUGCAACACGUUUACCCAAUGCCUACUUCCGACCCCUCUCGCUUUGAUGUUGCAAAGAUGUCUCCAUCUGCAUCUGCCGGCGAACCAGCACUCAUCGGCCCGGGACCCAUCCCUCUCCAGCAGCCUCAGCCUUUUACCCCCGUCUCUCAAUCAGUAUAUACUACCCAGGGAGCUGUGCCGGGUUCGAUCCCCGUACACAGUACCCCAGUAGUCCCAGUAGCGCCACCCUUCUAUGCUAAUGGGGCUGGAAACUACGACACGCAGUUCCAAGGCCCCCGUGAUCCAGCAUGGGCGCCAGAAGAGCUAGCAUACGCCGACCGUCGGAGACCUCAUCGCAGUGAUUCCUCUCCUGUUUUCCCCACCCAGGAAACUGCUUCCAGCCUCAAGCGCCGGUUCACCGCUAAGGAUCAAGCCUCCGUGCAAUUCAACUUGACGGAAGAGCAAGCAGAGAGGGAACGGCAUCUUACCCGUCGUAACAAGAACUCCCGGGUUGAAGCCGCGGAUCAACCGGUUCAAUUGAUUGAUCGAGAAGAAGAGCUGACCCGCAAGGAACACGAGCGUAGAGAGCGUCACCGGAAGGGGCGAGAGGACGAAGAGCCCCGGUAUGCCGACCACAAAGGAAAUGGCUCAUCCUGGGUUGGCGCAGCGGCAGCUGGAGCAGCUGGGGCUGUUGCUGUCAGCACUAUUCUCUCUCGCAAGACAAAUGAUGACGAAGCCUCUGAAGCCAGCCAGCGAUACAAUGAGCGCCGAGAAAAACGCCGCGCUGAGCGGAAACGCGAUAUGGAUACAGUGGCAGAUACUUCUGUUGUAUCGCGGUUUGAGCCCGCUCAAUCUAUUGAUGAGAAGACCACGGUGGGACCACGCGAAGACAAGAAGAAAGAGUCUCCUCGAUCUCCCCGUCCAGCACCCGUUUACGACGAUUACGCAGAAUUUUACGCCCCUGAGGAGAUACGACACAGCCCAGAUGAUAAUUCUCACACUCGCGACUCAACCAAUAUGCCAAAUAUCGUGGAGAUAGAGCCCGCCAGCGAACAACGUGCACACGAGGAGCCUGGCCCCGCAGAGCUAGACUAUUCAUAUGAACCCUAUCAACACGUGGACCGGCUCCCAUGGCCAGUCCCUGGGCUCAACUUCAUUGAGCCAACUCCCCCCCAAAGUGUGCACGGUGGUUCCGUACGCGAAGCUACCUCCCCAACCGCCCCUGUAACUAAGUCCUAUGACACCAAGCCUCGCGAACGACCAGCCGGCUCCCGGGUCUCUUGGGGCGAACAUGAAACUCAUGAGUACGAGAUCCCCUCUUCUUCUGAACAGGAUCCCCUUGAGCAUGACAUUCCCCCCACCGAGAUUUCAGCCAAGGACAUUCCUCUCCCGGCAUCCGAGAUAUCCCAAAUCAAGGAUACCUCCAGCAAACCGGAGUACGGUGCUGACAUUGAAUUCGCCGCCACAAUCGCUGCUGCGACAGCCGCAACCGGAUUCGAUCCCACUCUGAUCACAAAUGACCCAUCCUACCACACCCGCACUUCCCCUCCUGGGUCAGAGGAUGAAAACACAUUUACCUCACCCUGGUCUGCGUCGGCUCGAAAGGAGCCCCACGGCUUCGUGGAGGGCGAGCUUGAAGAACUCGACCCCAAGUCUACGAAUGAUAUCCCUGCCGCCCCCGAGCACGUGGUCCACAACAAGGAUGAACUUUUCUUCGACGAGCCAGAAGUAUACUCGAAAGAUCGGGAUAUUUCCUCAGGACGCCGUGACAAAUCAUCGAUUGCCCAGGAGGUAAUCGAGCAACUGAAUGGCAAAUAUGGUAGACGGGAUCGUACCGCUUCCCCUGAAAAAGAUAUAGAUGUGUUCUCGAUGCCCGGUGGCUUUGACACAGCCGACUCUAGAGAGUUGGUUGACAAUAGAUCAGCGGUCUCGGCGCCGGCGCCUGUUGCUAUGGACCCAGAGACCCCGAUUAAGCUCAAGUCGAAGAAGUCGAGGCGGAGUGGCGAUGUCUUCGAUCUCCCCGAGUUCCAAGAGCGGGAACUGGCCGAGCCCCCUGUUGUGAAGGAUGAAACAUCCAAGUCCCGCAAGUCCCGGCGCGGUGGCGAUAACUUCGAGAUCUACGAAUCACGGGAGCCGUCCCCGUCUCAGGAUAAGUCUUAUUCUGUUGUAUCCGCUCCCGUCUCGAAGGAUGAAACGUUCAAGUCAAAGUCCAGGAAGUCCGGGAGCAGUGGGGAUGACUUCGGAAUUGUUGACUACCCGGAGUCAGAAGCUCCUGAGUCUCGUGAAGAUUCUUUCUCUGUUAUCUCUGCUCCUGUUUCGAAGGACGAGACUUCUAAGUCUCAGUCCCGCAAAUCUCGGCGGAGCGGCGACGACUUCGAGAUCUACGAGUCACGCGAACCAUCUAAAUCUCGGGAUGACAACCGAUCGGUUACCUCUACUCCUGCCGGUAAAGAGUACAAGUCAUCCAAGUCAAGUAAAUCCAGAGGCAGUGGAGAUGAUUUCGAUCCAAACCGUGAUGCCGAAACCGUUCCCGACGACGAGGAAGGUGGCGAGGAGAAGAAGAGGCGUCGCAAGCGUCGAUCAAAGCAUGAAAGUGACCCCUUCUCUGUUGAUGAUGAUGCCCGCUCUGCCAUUACGGACAUUGGAGACGACAAGUCUGAGCGCCGCAAGCAUCGCCACCGCUCAUCCCGGGAAGCCGACUUCGAUGACAAUGCCUCUAUAACCUCUUCUCCAGCUCGAAUUGACGAAUCCCGGGAGAGGCGCCGAGGCAAGGACGAGAAAGAAAAAAGCGGUGGCUUUUUGAGAAGUAUUUUCGGCUCACAGGUGUCGGCCCCAGCUGAGCGUGUUCGGUCUGACCAUGCUCGCUCUUCCUCGCUGGAUAAGCGACCAUCCCGCGAAGCCAUAUCUGAAGCUGGUGUAGACGAUGAACGCCGCCGCCAUAAGAAGCGUUCGUCUAAGCACCGCAGCUCCAGUAAUGGAGAUGAGCUGGAUCGCUACAUGUCGGACAAGGAAAAGGGUCAGGAUGACCCAAAUCUGGAGGAGUACAGGUCCAGUAGGCAGCAAAAAGAAGAGCGGCGUCGUCAUCGGUACGAGGAAAUCGUGGAUUCGGGGAGGAAACGGGAAUCUGAGAAGGACGGAUAUAGUGACAGCUUCGACGAACAAUCUUUCUUAAGGGAGCGCCCUGAAAUUCUAGCAGAGCGCGAAGAUUAUGCUUCAUGGCUUCCAGCAUCGGCGGGUAGCGCAGCUGUACUCGCUGCAACAUCAGGGCUGAAUGAGAUUACACAGAGGCCCCGGAGCCACUCCGCUUCUCCCCCAGCCACGGAGAAAACACUUGACUUGACCCCGAAGUCUCUGAGCCGCCCCGCUUCACCUGAAACAAGCCACCCACAGGGGUCCCGAUCCCCUAAGCAACGCCGACACUCCGUGGCCAAGUCUAUCAUCGAAUCGCCCACAGCCGUGCCUCUCCACUUUCGUCGGCCCCCAACUUCCCCAGGCCUAACACGCGCAGUACCCGUUGAACAACCCGCCGCCAUCACCUCCCCAGGCUCCCCAAGCCAGCAACGCAACCGCCGACCCGGGUCAGUCGAGUUCCGAAACUCGCGCGAAAUCCGCCCUCUAUGGCUAGUCGAACGCCACAGUUUGAUCAAGGGCGAGCCUGAGACCAAGGAUCCCUUGCCAUCGCUCCCCUCUAGCAAGACCUCCUCCCGCGUCCCGUCAGUAGAGGAUCUAAAAUCCCUUCAUGACGACGAUGGCCUUAAAAGCUGGGAGCAUGUAGACCUGAGCGACUCAAUUAUGGAGAGCCAGCGGCCGACCGGUCUGAUGAUCUCAACUGACCAAGCAAAUCAAAGCCAUGAUAGAGACCUUGAUCUCCUCGGCUCGGAGCAGCCCACACCUACCGCUGAACAUUUCCAGGAUGCAGAGUCCAGGAAGGAGAGGCCCAGAUACGAGUUCCACUCUCCCUCUGAGCUCCUACGGGACCCCGCUGUUCUGGACGAGUUGCCUCCUUCACCUACGCUGAACGCUCUGCCUUCUCCAGAGGGCUCCAUGGUUGGUGUUGGGACUAGGGAGCAAGAAACGCAGCGUGCGCUUGAUGCUCUCGAGGGCGUGUCCCACCCUCAUCCCGAGCUCGAAACACCGACCCAAGAAAAUAAUUCUUUCUUCAGCGGCGCUGCGGACUUUGCAAAGGGAGCAGGCUUUGCCGGUGUUGUCGGCGCAGCUGCCAUUGCCGCCACCAAGGCACAUGAUGAGCCUCGCACCUUGCCUAUAGAUGAACCAGCCAUGGCCCAUGACUUCGGCGAUAUUGUCGAUGCAGCAGUUGCCGCUAACCCUUCCUCUCACGGCCAUGACAAGGCACCUGUCGAUGAGGAGGCGAUUAGUGAGCCGGUUACUGCCAUCGAAGAGAAUGCUCCCACCGUGUUGGAGUCCAUGCACCCAGGGAUGGAUGCAGCCAAGGAAUUAGUUACUAAAUUCACUGAACAGCCUGUUGAGUCUUCCGAUCUUCAAACUCAGCCCGAGACUAGCGUCGCUCCUGACGACGGUGUGGCUACCCAGUCUUCUAAGAAGAAAAACAAAAAGAAGGCCAAGAAGAACCAGGCUCAAAAUGCGGAUCGAGAAGCCCCCCAGGAGCCUUUCGCGCAGGAAGAUUUGUCAAGGGAGAUGGUGCAGGGUUCUACUGUGGACGCACCUGUCGUUGAAGCUGUUUCUGCUGGGCCCGAGCCUGCUGUUCCCGUGUCUCUUCAGGCAUCCCAUGAGCUUGGACCUGAGCUUAAGGUUGAUGAGCCUGUGGUCAAAGCUACUCCUGUUGAUUCUGUACCUCUCGAGGGCGCUCUCGUUGAGCCCGAGGUUGUCAUUCGCGAGAAACCUGAGAUUGAGUUCUCCCGCGAGCUUGAGCUUGAGCCUUUCGUUACAGAAACCCAAGAACCAGAAGUUGUCGCCGCUCCUGAAUCAGAGCCUACACAGGUGCCGUCCACCGAAACCGAACAGGCUGAAGACGCUGUAUCAUCUACUAAAAAGGCUAAGCGCGACAAGAAGAAGCAGAAGAAGAAGUCUCGAAACACAUCUAUCGCUGAAGAGCCUGCACAUGAUACCCUCGUUGCUCAGCCUCAGGAUGAUACUUCUGCCCCUAAGGAGAUUGAGAGCCCACAAGAUAACGAAACAUCUACGCCCGCUGAAGAGAUUGUGGCUGCGCCCUUGUCCGAGGAUAUUGCUGCUUCUGCUGAACACCCCGAGAGCACCACUGACCAGAUUGUGACCUCAUCUGCUCCCCUUGAUACAGAGCAAGCUCGAAGCCAGCAGGAAUUCGGAGAGCAGGCCGAGCCUGUGGACCAAGUAUCUACUGAAGAAUCUGUUCUACCUGUUUCCGAAGAUCCCAGUUUACCAGUUCAGGAAGCAUCGACCCCAGACCAUGUUUUUACAGAUGCGAAUGAAACCCAAACUACUGGCGAGAAUGAACCAGGAGCGGAGGAUCUAUCCCGCAGCCUGGAAGAGAUUGAGAAGCCAACUGAAGACCCUGUUCCAGAGGCCCCUCUCGGUUACACCACCCUCGAAAUUCCUGAAACACCCAAAGAAGACACCGAAGGCGAAGACAAUUUCGAAGAGGCUGUCGAAGAACAGAUUCCAGUUCCACAGCUCGCCGAAGAAAAGGAGGGUGCACCUGAGCCUCCCAGUGAAGUUGCUGCAGACUCCCCCGCAGAGGCCUCGGAAACAAAGGCGGAGAAGCGAAAAAACAAGAAAAAGAAGAAUCGUAAAUCCACUGCUGUCGAAGAAACACAGGUCUCCGCCGAAACACCCACCCCCGAGAUUGAAUCUCCGCCAAAAAGUCAAGAGCUCGAACCUGAGCAAUCAGCUACUGUUGAUCCUGCGGAUACCCAAUCCCCUCCAAUUGGCGGUGAAGCCUUACCUUCUGAUGUUGAACACUGUGAGCAGCCGGCCAAGGAUGUUGACCAGCCCUUCGAACCCACAGUUGAGGAGCAUGCAGCUACCCAAGAGCGGGAGCAAGCCCCAUUGGAGGCCGAUGCGGAUAUAACAGCUGUCGCGACCGAGUCAGUGGGACACGAGGAGCCGUCCGACGCACUGUCAGAGCCAGCUGUCGUCCAGGGCCAGCCUAACACUGGAAUCUCGGAUCCUUUUGAGAAGGCUUCUCGCGAAAUUCCAGAGCCUUCCGUUGUUGAGACUCAAAUCACAGCUGAAGCCCAAGCUGAACCUCAAGUUGAAGUUGAAGCCGAACCUGAAGUCGCCUUAACUACGGCUCAAAAGAAGAAGGCCAAGAAGAAUAAGAAGAAAGGCAAGCAGAGUGAAGCUUCAAUUUCUACCAACGAUAAACCUGCUGAGUCUAGCUCGCCGGCACCUGAACCUGAGACCGCCGCUGCGGAUAUAGCCAAGGAAACGCCUCUUAUCACUGAACAGGUAGCAGUGGAUGUGCCUCAGCAAGUAAUCGAGAUGCAGCCGCCCGUUGAGAUUGGGCGAUUGCCUGAGUCAGAGCAACUUCCCGAUAUUGAACAAAUACCUGAGGUUGUGUCGGCCCAGGAGGAAGAUUCUUCUUCACGUCAUCCGGAACCAACGGCAGACGUAGAGGAGGCAGAGACGCCUAAAGAAGGGCCCAUCGCAACAGAGCAACAGCCUAAAGUCGAAGAAUCUCCUGUCGAGCCAGAGGUUCCUAUGACUGCCGCGGAGAGGAAGAAGGCUAAGAAGGCCAAAAAGAAGCAGCAGAAGGAACAGGAAGAGAGCAUUGGCUCUAUUCCCGAAGAUAACAAGCCGGUUGAGUCUUCUGCUGCGCCUGAUGCCGAAUCCGCGGAGCCAAGCAAGGAUAUUGGGCCUGCGGCGGAAAUUGAUGAUGUUGCUGCAGCAGAAUUCACACCGGUGUCUUCCGGGCCUGCUGAUCAUGAACAUGGCAUUGCACCUGCCUCCGCAAACGAGCCAGAGGCGUCUCCAGUCACCGAAGAUACCCUUCUACGGACCGAUACUGAGACUAUCGAAUCAAGGAAAGAUGCCGAGCCUCCCACCGAGGCCGAAGCCCCGGGAGAAGAUGCUGCCCCAUCAUCGGAGCUUGAGGCCACCGAAGCUAUCGCCGAUGUUUCACUUGUAUCGGAAGAAAUAAAUACUCCUGUCCAACAGGACAAUGCGCUUAAGGCAGUGGACCUGAAGACCGAGGAUACGACCACAGCGUCGACAGAAGAACCCUCGGUUGACCCUGCCGAGAUCGAUGCCCCAAAAGCACAAGAACAAUCUCCUGAACCUGAGGUUCCAAUGACUGCUGCCGAGAGGAAGAAGGCCAAGAAGAACAAGAAGAAGCAGCAGAAGCAAGAGUCUGUGCAGCUUGAUGAGCAGCCGACGCGAGAGGCCGAGCCUACUUCUACCGAGGAAAAUAGCCGUGACAUUUUGCCGGAGAGUGAGGCCUCUCCCACCAGAGAAGCUGGUGCGGGCGUUGACGAUCCCUCGCAACCCGAGGCAGCCCGCGAUAUCGAAGCCGAGACCAAGCUCGAGCAGGAGCAAGCUCAGGAUGUGCCGAUUCUCGACUUUGAAGUUGCACCCGAUGCAUCCACAGACGAGACCAUUCCUACCCAGAAUGUUGCUGAACAAACUGUUGAUGUUGAAGAUGGAGUCAAAGAAACCGCAUCAGAGCCUACGGGCGAAGUUGCUUCCACGGAGGAGGUCCAAGAAGAACAGAAGCUUGGUUCAGCCGUCAUUGAGGAGCCCGUCUCAGACAAGCCCCUCGAUGAGAACCCCUCAGAGUCUGCACCAGAGCCAGUUGUGGAGGAGGCUCAGCCUGCGGAGUCCGCAUCAAGUUCAGUGGUGGAGCCGGCUGAAGAUGAGCAGUCGGUAACUUCUUCUAAGUCUAAGAAGAAGAAGAACAAGAAGAAUCGCCAAUCAGUUGCGGCUGAAGAGGAUCAGCCUGUAUCCACUGAGGAGGAAUCCAAGGUUAUCACCGCGGAAGAAGAGCCUACAAUCAUACCUGCUGGGAGUGAACCAACCGAGCCCACGCCAUCUCAAGAGCCUGAACAGCCUUCCCCUGAUAGAGACGGGGAGGCUCCUAUGGUGACGGAAGCGGCACCCGAGGCGGAAGAGCCCACCCCGAAAGAGACCACGCAGCCAGAGGCCCCUAGUGAUGAUGCAGUUCCCACCGAGACCGCGGACGAGGCCUCGAUGACACCUGCACAGAAGCGGAAGGCUAAGAAAGACAAGAAAAAGCGCCAAUCAGUUGCCGCUGAAACAGAGCAGCCUGUACCCCUCCAGGAGGAGGUUAAGCUUGCACCCGUUGAAGAGUUGACACCUAUACCUACUGAGAGUGAAUCAACCGAGCCAGCACAAUCCCAGGAGGCUGGACAGCCUUCUCCCGAUGACGACACGGAGACUCCUAUUGUUACGGAAGAGCCCCUUCGGGAAGGGUCCACGCAGCCAGAGGCUCCUGCCGAUCUUCCUGUCGACACAGCCGCCACCGAGCCCACUGAAGAGGCAUCGAUGACUCCCGCUCAGAGGCGGAAGGCCAAGAAAGACAAGAAAAAGCGCCAAUCCGUUGCUGUUCAAGAGGAGCAAUCUGCACUCGCCGAGGAAGAGCCUAAGGCUGUUCCCGCAGAAGAAGACGCUAAGCUUGUAUCGGCGCCCACUCCUGCUCCUGUGUUCACUGAGAGUGAAUCCAUCGAACCAGCGCCAUCUCAAGAGGUCGAGCAGCCUUCUUCCAAUCCGCCCGCGGACACUCCCAUCGUGACGGAAGAGGCGUCUAAGGGCGAAGCCUUCCUAGAAGAGACUUCGCAACCAGAGGCCUCAGCCGAUACAGCCGCCACCGAGGCCGCUGAAGAGGCAUCUAUGACUCCCGCUCAGAAGCGCAAGGCCAAGAAAGAUAAGAAAAAGCGCCAAUCAGUCGUCGCCGAGGAGGAAUAUCCUGCACCCGUUGAGGAAUCCAAGCCCGAAUCCGCUCCAGAAGAGCACACUGGGCCUGAAUCGACUCUUCAAUCCGACCAGCCAACUGUCGACAAAGAUAUGCAGCCUCCUAUUAUGACAGACGAAGCCCCUAAGGCCGAAGAAUUCUCUCUCGAAGAGGUUAUACAGCAGGAUACCCCUGCUGAUGCGACUACCACCGAGACAACUGCUACCGAGACAACUGCUACCGAGACAACUGCUACCGAGACAACUGCUACCGAGACAACUGCUACCGAGACAACUGCUACCGAGACAACUGCUACCGAGGCCACUGCGGAGGAGGCAAUGACCGCCGCACAGAAAAAGAAGGCCAAGAAAGACAAGAAAAAGCAACGCAAGUCCGUUGCUUUUGAUGGCGAUGCCGUCCCGGCGGAAGAGUCGAAUCAGAAGCAGGAUUUGCCUGCACCUGGAGACGAGGUUGAAGCUCAGGGUACUCCGGCUGAGUUGAUUGUCUCUGCAGAAUCAGCCAAGGAGUUACCAGUGACUGAAGAAGUUCCCAGGCCUGCUGCUCAAGAGGAAGUCCUGGGGAAUGCAGAAGAACCCGCUUCCUCUGAACAGAACAAGGAUAUCAUCGAGCAUGAGACGGCCUCAACUGCUGUGCUCGGUGGCAUUCCUACUAGAGUCGAGGAGACGAAGUCCGCAGCGGAGUUGCCAGAGCAGUUAGAACAAGAGGCUCCCACUGCCCUAGAGGCCCAGUUGGCGAGUGCACAAGAGCCUGAAGUUGCCUUGACUGCGGCGCAAAAAAAGAAGGCGAAGAAGAAUAAGAAGAAGGGCAAGUCUGUGGACUUAGCGGACAACGCUCCUGCUAUCAUGGACGCAGCGCUGGAAUCUGAGCCUAAAUCUGAGCCCGUUGUUCAAACUCCGACCGAUACUCCGACUGAGACCCCGGAGUUGCAAAAUACUACAUUAUCUGCGCCAGUACAGCCCGCAGAAGCUCUCGAGCGAGAAAGCACGAUCGAGCCAGAGGCUCUCAAGGCCGAGGAACUCGAGACAACAGGAACCGUAUCCAACGAUUUGCUAAAAGAGGAAACUCCUGACGUUAAAGAGACCGACAAUGAACCUCCGGUAACUAAAGGAAUUCCCGAAGCCGAGCCGACUCCUUCCCAGGAAGCGGAGGUGAUUGCCCCUUCUCCUGCCGAGCCGACCGAAGAAGAGGUGGGUAUGUCAGCCAAGGAGCGACGCAAAGCUGCCAAGAAAGCGAAGAACCGCCAGUCCAAGAAUAUUGACGCCGAUAAUGAUCCUGCAACAUCCGAUUCGCUUUCCCCGGCCACCGGGCCUGGUACACCCAUCGAAGCGGUUCACGGCGUUGAAAAGGUCCUCACCUCCACGGACGCAGACGCCCAUGGACUUUCAGCCAUACCGGCGUCCUCGCCUGCGGAACAUGACGGUAAAGAACAUCAGUCCCACGCCAUAGAAACUUACAACGCCAUGGCGCAAGAUACGGCCUCGACUGAUAAAUACGUCUCUUCGCAGGUAGAGCAGACGCCGAUAGAGAGUCCUUUUUUAGAUUAUCCUCCCCAGCCCGUGCUUGAGCGUUCAGUUGAUUCCGGCGAGUUGGUGGAGGGAAAAGCUCAGCAGGAGGGCAAUAUCAGCCCAACUGCACAGGAGCCAGAUGGGGAGUUGGUUGAGCCCACAUCCCUUGAGGAAAUACAAACAGUUGUUGAUGGUGAGAAUGUUGAGGGGAGAUCAUCUGUGCCGGAAGCAGGCGAUCUCUCCAAGGAGAAGGAGAUUGAAGAGAUACCUGUGGAUGUUUUGAAUAAUGCUGUUCUUGAGGCACAGGCACAAGAACCUCACGUGGUGGAGGAGGCUUCUGAGACAACUGUCUCGAAGAAGCAGAAGAAGAAGAACAAAAAGAAAAACAAAAGUCAAGAGGAAGCAGCACCUGCGCUUGGGAGCUCUACUACAGAGGCAAAUGAGCAACCUGAAGCUGCGCCUUUGGUUGAGGCUGAACCCCAGUCGGAGGUCAAGGAACUCACUGAGGCUGAGCCUAUUGCCGAGGCCGAACCAGUGCUAGUUCCAGAGGAUCAACUGGCAGAUUACCCACAGAGCAUCGAAGAUACCGCCGCUGCCCAGGCAACCGAGGACGUCAAUGUCACUCAAGAAACUAGUGUCCCAGAAAUCGAGACCAGUGUUCCUCCGAGCGAGGAGUUAGAAACAGCCGUUGUCUCAAGGAAAAAGAGCAAGAAGGACAAGAAGAAGCAACGCCAAUCCCUUCUUUCUCAAGAACCCGAAGCUGGGCUCCAGCCGGAGGAACAGGCAGCACCCGAGGAUGGAACUUCUCCCCAAGAUGCUAGGUUUACGACUGAGUCAGCGCCUGCCGAAAUUGCCAAGCAAGAUGAGCCUGUCACUAGCGCAGAGCAGCCUGCUGAUGCUAUCGAGGAGGCCGCUACGGAUCUUGUAACGCCUUCUGAAGACACUGACCAACAUGCUCCAAGCCAAGAUAUUGAAAGCGGGGAGCGUUAUCUUGAACUUGCAUCCUCUGAAUCGAAGAUCGAUGAAGAAGACAAACCAUCCAAGGAAGCUGCCAAAACCUCGGCAGAAAUCCUAGAUGACAAGAAAUUUAGCGAACAAGUGCCGCCUGAAGCAGUCCCUGAGCCCGAAGUGGAAUCAUCGGCUGUAUCCAAAAAGAUGAGCAAGAAAGAGAAGAAGAAGGCUGCCGCCGCUGCCGCCGCUGCUGCUCUGGAGGAGGAAAAACUCGUUGAGUCACAGCCUGAACCCCAAGAGCCCUCGGCCAUUGCCCCCGGGGGUCAAGAGGAAGUGGUAGAGCAGCCUACCGUUCAAGAGGCGCAGCAUCCAGUGAAUGAGGAGAAGCCUCAACUUGAGGCAGAGAAGAACCUAGACGAAACGACAGGAUUGACAACUUCCGAGCUGAAGGAAGAUGUCCUGGAGCAGCCAGUUGAAGCUCCCAAGUCUACCGGGCCUCUCCAAUUUGAGGACAAACCGGAGGAGUCUACAAAAGAGUUAGUCGAGGAGCUAGCUGUGGCCGAUACUACUCGGAAAAUGUCGAAGAAGGACAAGAAAAAGGCCAAGAAGCAAGGCAAACAAGAGUUAAUUGAGUCGGCUUCCCCUCCGACCGAGGAUCAUAUCCCUACCAUCGAGCCAGCAACCGCAGAGGUUGCUCCUGAAUGGGAGGCAACUAAUGAGGAUACCCCAACAGAGCAUGAUCCUACCACCGAGCCCGUAACUAUGGAGGCUACUAUUGAACUGGAGGCGACUCCUGCAGAGAGGCCAGCUGAGACUGUUCCUGAGCCUGAGUUCAUUGCCCGGGAAGAUAUUCAGGAGGCUCCUAAGCUCGAGCCGGAAAAUGUCGAGAUGCCAGCCGUUGAUGGGUUUAGCAUCUUAUCGCAAGACAAGCAACAUUUAGAAAAACUGACAACUGAAGCAACCAUUCCUCUGAACAAACUCGAUACGCCCUCGCCAGUGGAACCCAGUGAUGAGAAUACCAACAAUGAGCCCCUUGACAUCGGGGUUCGCGUUGGAAAGAAGGAGCAGGAAGACGAAGCUGAUGUUGGGGCUGAUAAGAGCGAUCUUAAGAAAACAGCUGAUCCCGAGGUUGUUGAGGGAAUCGUUGAGUACCAACAUGGAGAACCUGAAUUGACGCCGGCUCUGUCCAAGAAGAUGUCAAAGAAGGACAAGCGCAAGGCCAAGAAGAAUGCCGGCAUCGCCGAAGAAGUCUCGACCCAACAGCAAGAAGAACCUCCGGCUAAGGCAGCUGAGCUGCCAAGGGAAUCUAGGAUCCAUCUUGUAGAGCCUGCUGUGGGGCAAGAGAUUUUUAUGGAACCUGAACAGGCUGCAAAUCCUCAGCCUACCUUGGAGACAGAGUUGCCAAUUGAGGGCCCCCUGCCGAUUGAGGAUCAGCCUAUAACCGAUUCAGAAGUUCAGGUCGAGCCUACACAACCCGACGAAGAGCCUGUUGCCGGUGGGGAACCCCCUCUUUCACGCAAGGCCUCGAAGAAGAAGGCCAAGAAGGCUCAAAAGGCUAACAAAUCCCUGGACACCGAGCCUGCGUCUGAAAACGCGAUUGAUGCGGAUCAGCAUGCUAUCAUUGUGCCGUUCGAAGAGGAGCACUCCAAGGCACAGGUCACCGAAAUUCCAGAUGAGAAUCCGGCUCAUGACGAAGACUGGCCGGCAAUUGACUGGCAGGCCAAGUUCGAAGAGUCCCAGCGAUUAAGAGAAGCGGACCCUGAGCUUGAGCCGGAGAUUCCACCUCCCGAGCCGGAGAUUAUUGGAGAAUUUGUCGAGUCUUCAUUCCCUGGGCCCUUGAAAGAGGAAAACGAAGCUACAGAGGAAGAUCCUUGGGCUUUGUCGAGCAAAAAUGGCAAGAAGAAGGCCAAGAAGAACAAGAAGCAGUCGCAACAAGCUCCCGCUGAAGCCGUGGAGUCCCCAUUGGAACCCUUAGAUGACAAAGAGAUCGAGCCGCCUGCUCGAACAACUACUCCCGGAGGAUCUAAGAUUGCCAACUUGUUCCCUGGCCUCGAGCGUGCGGGAUUUCGGCGAUCAGCCCUAGAUCAGCAAACACCGUCGCUAAAAGAUAGUGCUGAGGAUGAGACAACAGAGCUGGAAGCGAAUCGCGACAACGCGAUCCCUGUCUCGGAAGCACCCCUAGCGACCACUGAAAGCAAAGAAAUUACCGAUGACUUCACCUCUGGUCUACCUAGCAGCCUUGAAAGACGAAUUGAGGCUACAAUCCCGGAACUGAGCGCUCAUCCCGAGACUACGGAGAAUGAAUCAACCAAGGAGCCAGAACUGCCGACAUAUAGCGAAAAGUCUUUAGAUGCGCCAUUGUCAUUGUCAAUGGAGCCCUCCAAUGACCGGACUCGACCCGAUGAACUUCCUACACGCUUUCCACCCCCAGAAGCAGAGGAACUGUGUGAAUUACGGCGGUCACCAUCAAUCCAUGGCCGGCACCAGCAUACACCCAGGACAUGGAGUUUGGAAGAGCCAGCUCUACCAGUUCUUGUCCCAUCACCCCCUCGGUCGCUAUUUGGACCCGAUUAUGUGCGACCUCGGACUCCCCUUGAUACAAUUGCCGAACAAGAACCACGGGAGGGAACUCGAGGGAUCUUGGAGAUGAAGCCCGAACAUGUCUUACCUCGACCUCAGACACCAAUUCGGAAAUUUACAGACAAUGCCUUUGAUCGAGAAUCUUGGCCUACAGAUAAGGAUUUCAAAGAAAUUCUCAAAACUCCUGAAGGGCCAAUUUUGAAGCCCAGCACCAGCAGUGGAAAAUUACGUCGUACGAAUCGGAGUAUUAGUGGCGAUCUGCGGGCGGCUAGUCGAGCACUAGAUUCCCAGCCUUCGCUCGAUCUCGAUCAGCUCCCAUCCUCUUCCUCUUAUGACCCCGUUACCGAUAAGGGCAAACGUCCCCUCCGAAAUAUGUCGGACGUCUAUGAGGGAUGGGGUGAGACGCCCAAUUCCCCACGGUCGCCCAGCCGACCGCCUAGUGUCCGCCGCCGUCGCAGCAUGCAACACUUACAAGACAUCGAAACCCGCCUCGACCAGCUCAUAUCUGAAAACCGUCUAUUGAUCGCCGCCCGAGAUGAAGCCGAACAUAAACUUAAGAAUUCCAGCGUCGCUCGUCGAAAGAGCGACCGUGCGCUCAACACACGCGACGUGGAUCUGCGCGAUCGGGAAUCGGAGGUGGAACAAUUGAAGAACUCGGUGGAAUGGCUGCAAAAGGAGACGACUCGUCUGACCCAAGAGAACGAAGGGCUGGCCGCAUCCAACUCUGCUCUCGCCGCUGCCCAUGCAACUGAGAUCAACACCCUGCGCGAGGCGUCCACACGUGAACUAGCCGACUUACAGUCGCAACACACUCAACUCUCGUCCCAGAUGGAGGAUCGAGUUCGACAAGAGAUUGAGUCGGCUCUUGCGCAAAAAGACAUUGAAUUGCGCCGUCUGCGCAUCGAACUUGAGGAGGCUCGCGAUAAAGUGAAGGAGCUCCAACAACAAAUUGCAGCCUCGGUACAUGACAAUGCCCUUGUCUUCCGCGAUGAAGAGUACUUCGAUGCUGCCUGCCAGAAGCUGUGUGGCCAUGUCCAAUCCUGGGUCGUGCGCUUCUCCAAGCACAAUGAUAAGCGUCGCUGCCGCCCACUCAGUGAGUUGCAAGACGAAAAGAUCGCAGACCGUUUCGACAAUGCCCUCCUCGACGGCUCCGAUCCCGACAUCUACUUAUCUGAUCGUGUCCGCCGCCGCGACGUCUUUAUGUCGGUGGUCAUGACAAUGGUCUGGGAAUACAUUUUCACCCGUUAUCUCUUCGGGAUGGACCGGGAGCAGCGUCAAAAGCUCAAGUCUCUUGAAAAACAAUUGGGCGAGGUGGGCCCAACCCGUGCUGUGCAUCGCUGGCGAGCCACCACUCUCACACUGCUAUCUCGACGACCAGCCUUUGCUGCACAACGUGAGAGCGAUACGGAGGCUGUCACUCUGGAGAUCUUCCAAACCCUAUCGCGGGUCCUCCCUCCUCCAUCUCAUGUUGAAUCCCAGCUACUGGAUAAUCUCCGCAAGAUUAUGCGGGUAGCAGUCAACCUGUCCUUAGAGAUGCGCACCCAGCUGGCUGAAUUCAUCAUGCUGCCCCCUCUGCAGCCUGAAUAUGAUACCAAUGGCGACCUUGCACGCCAAGUGUACUUCAACGCAGCCCUGAUGAAUGAGCGCAGCGGUCUGACAAACGACAACGACGAACUCGAAGCUCAACAGUCCAUUGUCCGGAUCGUGCUCUUCCCUCUUGUUGUCAAAAAGGGCAAUGAUGUGGGCGAGGGCGAUGACGAGGUUGUCGUCUGCCCCGCCCAAGUCCUCAUUGCCCGCCCUAGCAAAGACAAGAAAGUGUCAAGGAUGAUGAGCGGUGACCGCAUGUCCAUUGAUGCUUCCAAAUCGGUCCACAGUGUUGCUCACAGUGCGGCACCCUCAUCUAUGAUGGACAUGAGUAAUGUGAUCUGA